AUGAAAGAUGAUGUUCAAAUUUGUGUCCUCAAACCAUCUGGGCUCAAUAUUCACCCUUUGCUGAAGUGUCAGGCUUGUGUUCAUAUAGCUGAUCCAGAUCAGUGGGUUCAGAUUGAGCCGUCAGUCUGUACAGAUGAAGGAGAGUCAAAGUUCAUGUUCAGCACUCGACCAGGCCGUUACGAGUGUGUCAGGACCAGGAUGAGAUGGGUCUGUGAUUGUGACAUCACUCUUAAGUAUCAAACUGUAGACGGUCAGUUCCUCAACGCAGAGCUGGAGAGGCUGCAGUGCAAACGAAUCGCUCCAGUGAUGGACGUGACGGUGAUCUCAGGGAAACUGGAGGAAGUUCAUCUGCCACAUUACAUCUGUUUAGGAGAGUCUGAAGCUUCCCUCAGAGAUGCUGUGCAAGUUCUCAGUGUAGAAGACGAAGGAAUAACUGUAGAACCUGUUCAGCUGACACGAUUCCAUGCCAAGAUAGUCCAACCAUCCUUCUCUAUUAAAACAAUCAUUAUAAGAUGGAUAAUGGGAUGGGACGAACACUGCGAUCUUCUUCUCUAUAUGCGCUCUAGAGUUCCUCUCAUUCUACAUGUCUACUUAUUUCCAUUUGAUGCUCGUGCAAAAGAAAAGGUUGAGAAGAUUGAAAAGUCAAGUUAUUCGAUCAUGCACCCCAGACCUGACAGGCCAUUUCGAAUGAAAACGCCACACAUUCUUGAUGUUCCUGGUGCCUCUGUCCAUCCCAAAGAAGGGAUCACACUCAGAAGAGAAACUGACCCAAACUUCUUCAAGAUCAAGACAUGUCUGGAGAACGAUCUUCAAAUGACUCUUACCAGAGGACAGGGUAAGGAGGAGGUCUGGACUGCAACAAUUGAGAAAGAUGAACUUGAUCAGAUUCAUCCACAGAGAGACGAGUCACGUCUGAAGAGUGAGGCAGAUAAAGCAAGAUAUUUUAAUGACCACUGGCCAGAUCUCAUUCAGAGAGUUACAAAUGUCCAGAUCAUUGCAGAUAAACUGCUUCAGCAGCAACUAAUCCAUGAGGAACAAUAUUCAGAAAUCACACAGAGUUUAACCAGUCAGGACGGCAUGAGAAAGAUCUGUGAGAUUAUACGUAAGCAUGACGACACUAUGAAAGCUAAAUUCAUCUCAAUUCUUCGGGAAGAGAAGCUUUACCACUUUUGA